CCUGCACUAGUCUCUUUUCAUUAUGGCCCGGCGCAAGAGACAAAUUCUUUCAGACGACGAUUCUUCUGACGAUUCCAGAGAAGAAGACGGCGAUGACUUCAAUCCUGGCGAGAACAACGAUGAACGAGCCGAACGUGAGUUAUUCCAGAACCCCUACGCUCGCAACAAGAAGCGAAAGCGACGUGAUCUUGAUAACGAAGAUGAUGAAGACGAAGGAUUUGGUGGGUGCCAACCUGCGGCUAGAAAACGGUCGGACUGGACGAAGGCACCAAACUUUGUCAGUGGUGGUAUCAAGACGGUAACUUUGGAUGAGGCUGAAGGAAUCGACUCAAGUGAUGAAGUGACUGGAGAACCUGGACCACAGCAUGAAGACGAUGUCGACCACGACGAGGAGCUCGAUGAGGAAGCCGAAGAAAUCCCUCCGGGAGAUGAAGAGGAAAGUGACCAGGAUAUGGAUGUAUCGGAUGAAGACCAACCAGUUGCUGAGCCACGAAUACGAGAACCCGAAGAAGACGAAGAAGCCAACCCUGCACGUUCAGGAUUCAGUGCAGCGCGAUCGAUGAUGUCUUCUUUCUCAACUACUGCGGGCACUUCGGCUGCUCCAUCUUCUACAGCCGGCAUCGGCGCUCGUGGUGGCAUUGGUGCUGGUCGAGGUGGUAUAACCUCUUCUGCUGCAUCUUACGGUCUUCCAGCGGCAUUUGGAGCCUCAACGCCGCCUGUUGAACGCUCCAAGCCUUCUUUUGUACGCUCAGCUCCUGUGACGGCACCUGGCACUCCGACUCCCCCAAACCUCACAACCGCGGAAAGACGCCAUUUCGACUCUCUCUCCAAUACAAUCGGUGCGAAGCUCAUGGCGAAGAUGGGUUGGCAGGCUGGUCAGGGUUUAGGUGCGGAGGGCAAGGGCAUCGUGAAUCCAAUUGAGACCAAAAUGCGCCCAACGAAGAGUGGUAUCGCAUACCGUGGGUUCAAAGAGAAGACAGAACAAAGUAAGGCGGAGGCACGGAGGCGGGGUGAGCAUGUAAGCGAUGAGGAAGAUCAGCGUCCUGCUAUGGGUGGGAUGCAAAGGGGAGAGAGAGCCGAGGUGUUGAGGAAGACAAUGAAGAAAGGCAAAGUCAAGGUUGAGCAUAAAACAUAUGAAGAGCUCAUUCGGGAAGCUGGUGCCGAUGAAUCUGCCAUGCUUCCAGAUCUUGGUAUCAUUAUCGAUGCAACUGGACCGGAGAUGCGGGAGGUUUCGCUUUCCGAAGCUUCUGCCUUCUGGGCGCCUACCGCUGAUCAAACACCCCCACCUCAAGUGGAUGAGACGAAGUUGGCACUUCAAGGGCUUGCUCGUGAAGGAAGGGCGUUGAACGAACGAGAGAAGUACCUUGCGGGUGAAGGAAAGCGACUCGGUUCUAUGGUGCGGCAAGAAGCGGAAAUGAUAGCGCGACUGGAGAGAAUGCGUCUUCUCGUUGAUCAACUCAAUGAAGAGGCAAAGGAGAUCACAGCCACCUAUGAACCAAGUCUGGAUCCAUUCACGAAGUCGUUCGAGACAAUUCUGAAUGAAUUCUCGACCGAGUCUGAUAAGUUCGGCGUGGAGGAGGUUUUCGUUGGGGCGAUGAGUCCAGUCAUCAGGCGGAUGGUCACGAACUGGGAACCUUUGUUACAUCCGGAAGCGAUCAGUCAACCCUUCUAUCAAUGGCGACGAGCGUUCCUGCUCCGCCCUUUUCAACCGCCCAAUGAGCGCUUUUCCAACAAAGGGCAAUCGGACGAGAACGCUUUACAAAUGACGCCCUACGAGAGUCUUGUGUGGACAGUUUGGCUUCCCAAGGUUCGAAUGAGCAUCAAUAACUCGUGGGACCCAAUCGAUCCAGACCCCGCCAUCCACUUGUACAAGACCUGGGCACCGCUUCUGCCGGAUUUCAUUCAGGCCAACAUCCUUGACCAGCUCCUCCUUCCUAAACUGUCGAAAGUAGUCGCAGACUGGGAUUGGCGGAAAUCCGUUCCUCUGCAUUCCUUUGUAUUUCCUUGGUUGGAAUAUCUCGACUUGCGAUCCGAACAGCUACUAGAAGACUGUAAGAGGAAGAUCAAAUCUGUCCUCAAGACGUGGAACGUUAACGAUGGGUUGUGGAAGCAAAUCACCGCCUGGCGCGAUGUGUUUGCUCCAGGAGAUUGGGAUAAUAUGCUACUCAAACUCAUCGUGCCCAAACUCAGCGCCAUUAUGCGUGAAGAUUUCAAGGUCAACCCCAGGGAUCAGAAGAUGGAACCACUUAACCGAGUUCUGGAAUGGAAAGAUGUGAUCAGGCCCUCCGUCAUGGGUCAGCUAUUGGAGAAAGAAUUAUUCCCUAAAUGGCUUAACGUUCUUCACUUUUGGCUUGUACAGCCCAAGACCAGCUUCGAAGAUGUUGCACAAUGGUAUUCAUUCUGGAAGGGCUACUUGCCGACGAGCGUCAGCAAACUCGAGCCGGUCGAACAAGGCUUUAAUCGCGGCCUCCAUUUGAUGAAUCUAGCAAUUGAACUGGGCCCGAGUGUCGCUAAAGAGCUACCACGACCUGAGACGCUUGCUACAAAAAACGCCUCAAGGACUGGCGUCUCUACGACUCGCCCGCAAAAUGGCACCCCAAAACACGCCGCUGCCCCGCUGGCCGCCGAAGUAACAUUCCGUUCGAUCGUGGAGGACUUUGUCGCGGCACACAAUCUUUUGUUUAUCCCUAUUGGUCAGGUUCACGAGGUGUCGCGUAUGCCGCUAUAUCGCGUAUCCCCGAGUAUCGAUGGGAAAGGUGGAAUCACAGCCUAUUUGCUGGAUGAUGCAGUCUGGAUGCAGGAAGGGGCAGAUUGGAAGGCCGUUAGUUUAGAGGAGAUGGUGCUCCGUGCCAAUCGUGCCGGGGCGCGUCAGCGUUAGAGGAAAUUACCAUGGUGUAAUACUAUUGUUGUAGCCCUAUUGUUGUAGGCCUGACAGAG